GGUGGGUGGUGGGUGGGUGGUGGUGGUCUCUGAGCAGGGCCCCAUGAGCGCCUCGCCCGCCGCCUCGGCCCUGGAGCGCCUCGCCCCCCGCUUCCAGGGCGCGCUGCUGGGCGCGCUGCUGGGGGACGUCGUGGGCUCCCGCUACGAGGGCCGCGGCUUGGUGAGCCCCGCGGGUCUCGCCAAGGACGCCCGCAACUUCCACCUGCGACGCAGUGAUGAUUUUCUAUACACGGAUGACACUGCCAUGCUGAGAUCCGUGGCACAGUCCCUCAUCGACAACGGACGGUUCGAUGCUCAAGACAUGUCUCAACGAUUUGCCAAAGAAUACCAGAAGGAGCCACUGCGUGGCUACGGGGCGGGCGUGGUGACUGUGUUUGAGAAGUUUCAGCAGCGCGCGUACGCUGGCGACGAUGUAUUCACGCCGGCGGCUGAGCAGUUUGAGGGGCGCGGUUCCUUCGGCAAUGGUGGUGCCAUGAGGGUCGCACCGGUGGCUCUCGCUUACCCCGCCACUGCUGAUGUUAAACACAUCGCCAGAUUGAGUGCACGCAUCACCCACGCCAACUCCCUGGGCUACAACGGCACCAUCUUGCAGGCCCUUGCUGUGCAUUUUGCGAUUACGGAGGAUAACAUUUGUGCUUUGACAUUUGUUGACAAACUAAUACAAGAGAUGCUCGAGGUCGAGGAAUCCUCAAAUGACAAGGCAAGUGCAAAAAGUGCAACACCCUAUUGUAAUAGGUUGGAGAAGAUCAAGGAGUUCUUGAACCUGAAAGACGUGCCAAGAGAAGAUGUUGUGCAGUAUCUCGGCAACAACGUGCAAGCCCUGGAGUCGGUGCCCACUGCCGUGUACGCCUUCCUGCGCUGCCUGCAGCCCGAGCCCGACAUUCCCGAGGAGCUGGGCGGCGUGGCCCGCACGCUGCUCUACGCCGUCUCCCUGGGCGGCGAUACCGACACGGUGGCCAGCAUGGCUGGCGCCAUCGCAGGGGCCUAUCACGGCGACGGUGGCUUGCCGGCCUCCUGGCUCGAGCUCAGCGAAGGCGUGCAGGAGGCCCGCACGCAGGCGCGGCAGCUGCUGGAGCAGUACCAGCGGAAUCUCCGCUGCAGUAGCACGAGUGUGGAUCGCAACCCCUCUCAAAACUGCAACGCUGAGCAAAAGUGAAGAGAAGCUUCUUCUUUGGUUCUUUCGGUAAAGUCACGUAGAAUGAGAAUAAAAUAAUAAAUUGAUAAAAUAAGUGAGA